AUUUGUCAAUAAACAUUCUAAAAUAUUGAAACAAUUUAGUCGAAGUACAUUGACGAAAACUGAUAUAGAAGAAAUUUGGAAUGAUAUAAUAAAUGCAAUUGAAAACGAGGAGCAAAUAUCUGAAUAAAUUGGCAUAAAGGUUAUGUUUCUCUUGUCACGCAAAGUAAACGUUACAAAUAUAAACGAUAUAGUGAUAAUAAAAAAGAGUUUCAUUAAUAAAAAUUUCGAAAAAAAUGUCGUCCGAUCAAGGUGAGAAUAUAAAAAAAUCAAUGAAACGUAAGAAAAAAAGAUCACAUAAUCAAAUAAUGAAAAAAAUGGCUCGUAGUCGAAGUUAUGCUGGUGAAUUGGAAUCUGAUGCCUAUCAAUAUAUGUUACGCGUUUGGGAAAUAAUAAGAAAUGAAUUUUCAACAAUAGAUGAUAAAUUAAUAUUUACAAAUAAUGUUUACGAGCAAACAAUAAAUCAUGAAGUUGAUUAUGCGAGAAAUCAAAUUGGAUCCCGUGUACUUGAGAGUCUCAUGGAUUAUGCAAAUUUAGAGACAAUUAAAAGAAUGAUAUUAGCUUUUCAAAAUGAUUUAAGACCAAUGUGCAGUGAUAGAUUUGCGAGUCACGUUUUACAAAAAUUAAUUUGUGUUUGUACCGAUCGUGGAAAUAGAACAUUGGAAAAAUCGACAAAUAAUUUUUUAAUAGAAAUAAAAGAAGACGAGAAGCAAAAAUAUAAUGAAAUGUCUUUAAAAUUAUGUAAAUACGUCAUAAAUAAUAUGGAAGAAUUCGCCUGGGAUACAUAUGCAAAUCAUGUAUUAAGAACUGUUUUUCAAUGUUUAAGAGGAGUAGUUGACAAAUCUGGUGAUCAAAGUAAGAAAAAAUCUCCACCAUGUUUAGAAUCAGUGCUUAAAGUUGAUCAAAGUUUUUUGGAUUUACUUGUUGACAGUAGUAGAAGAAUGCACAAUUGGCCACAAUUUUUGGAAUUUGGACAUCAUGAACUUACUUCAGGACUUUUACAAACUGUUUUAUAUUCAUUGAAAGAUGUCGAUUCUGAUUUAUGUUCAACAAUUGUGAAAAAAAUAAUUCUCGAAUCUUUCACAGCUGAUGAUUUAACUGGAUUUUUGGAAAAUGAAUCAUCAUCGAGAUUAAUUGAAGUUUGUCUUGCCGUUGCAAAUGUAAAAACAUUCAAGAAAAUUUAUAAACGUUUUUUCAUCAAUAAAUUGGGACAAUUGAGCGUAAUGAGAAAGGCAAAUUUUUGUGUGCAAAGAUUGAUUGACAAUUGCAAUACAAAAGAAAUUUUUGAAGAGAUUUUCGAUGAGAUUACAAUUCACUUUGAAUCUAUUUUACAAAGAGGAUUCACUGGUGUUCUAUUUAGUGUUGCUGACGCUUGUUCAAGAUUACAUUCAAAACAGGGACCAUUCAUUAAUUGUUUAAUGAAAAUUUUACAUUGUGAGGAUGAUUCAAUGAAACAAGUACAAAUUGCACGACUUACCGCGAGUCUUGUAACAUUUGAAAAAUUAGAACAAGCAAAAAAAGAAAAACAAAUUGUUCCUCUACAAUUACAUGGAAGUUUAAUUGUUCAAUUAAUGUUAAAUUUCAAUAAACCUAUAAAAAUUGUUAAUUCAUUAUUAGCAGCUGAUUCUGAGGAACUUGUUUUUAUUUUCAACGAUAUGCAGGGAAGUCGUAUUAUUGAUUGUUUCAUGAGUAGUCAAUAUAUUGGCGAGAAAAGUCGUGAAAAAUUGGCAAAAAAAUUGCAAGGUUAUUGGGUUCAAUUGGCUUGUAAUACACAUGGUUCAAGAAGUUUGGAGAGAAUUUGGGAAAAAGCAAAAGAAAAUCAGAGAAUUAUAAUUAUGGAAGAAUUAACAAGAGCUGGUGAAUCACUUCGAUCGAGUAAAACUGGUAGGAUUAUUUCAACAAAAUUCAAUGUUCCAUUAUUUGCGAGGAGUAAAAAAGAAUGGUUAGAAUCACAAGGAAAGGAUGAAAAAACGAAAGCUUUGUUCGCUGAUAUCAUCAAUCCGGAUGAAAAAGAUAAAUAAAUUCAUAUUCAUGAUUAUUUUAAUUCAUUAUUUCGAAAACAAUGUUAAAAUGUUUUCCACAUUUUGGUAUUUGUUCCUUAUUUAAAAUAACAAAGAAAUUGUAUAGAAAUGUUGAAUUCAGUUUUGCUCUAUUAUGUAUGUAGAUGAUCAAAAGAAAUGUUUAUUUCUUAAUCUUUUUUUUACACAAACUUCGUAAACUUUAAUGUAUUAUUAUAAACUUAAACAUGGAAUUUAAAGAAAAGAACUUUUCCAUUAUGUAAAUUUAAAAAAUAAAUCGAGUUAUUAAAUCAUACAA